CAACUCGAACCUCGGACACGAUCGGCCUCAAAUCAAUGCGCAAAGAUGGCUGCUGUAAGGCCUUGCACCCUCCAGAGAGACAACAAUAUGGUACAGAGAUAGGCGGAAGCUGACCUACUCCGAUGCAGCCUGUCGUCACCGUGUCAGAGAGCAGAGAGCUCCGCGGGCUCAACCUCAUCGCGGCGCACUCGCACAUUCGCGGAUUGGGCGUCGAUGCCGAUACGCUGGAGCCCAGGGCUGCGUCACAAGGGCUUGUAGGACAGGAGAAGGCGCGGAAGGCAGCUGCCGUCGUGCUCGAGAUGAUUAAGCAGGGCAAGAUUGCUGGCCGCGCCGUGCUGAUCGCCGGUCCUCCAAGCACCGGCAAGACAGCGAUUGCCAUGGGCAUGGCUCAAUCUCUGGGCGCCGAUGUCCCUUUCACCACGCUCGCCGCGUCCGAGAUCUUUUCCCUCGAGAUGUCCAAAACCGAAGCCCUUACACAAGCCUUUCGGAAAUCGAUUGGAGUGAGGAUCAAGGAGGAGAGUGAGAUCAUGGAAGGCGAGGUUGUGGAGAUCCAGAUUGACCGGAGCGUUACCGGCGGCGCGAAGCAAGGGAAGCUUACUAUCAAGACGACCGACAUGGAGGCCAUCUACGACAUGGGGAGCAAGAUGAUCGAUGCCAUGACCAAGGAACGCGUGAUGGCCGGCGAUAUCAUCUCGAUCGACAAGUCCUCUGGGAAGAUCACCAAGCUGGGCCGCUCGUACGCCCGGUCGCGCGACUACGAUGCCAUGGGAGUCGACAUCAAGUUCCUGCAGUGCCCUGACGGCGAGCUGCAAAAGCGGAAGGAGGUUGUGCACACGGUUUCUCUCCACGAGAUUGAUGUCAUCAACUCGCGGACCCAAGGCUUCCUUGCGUUAUUCUCCGGCGACACAGGCGAGAUCCGCAGCGAGAUUCGCGACCAGAUCAACACCAAGGUUGGGGAGUGGAAGGAGGAAGGCAAGGCCGAGAUCGUCCCCGGUGUCCUCUUCAUCGACGAAGUCCACAUGCUCGACAUUGAGUGCUUCUCCUACAUCAACCGGGCGCUGGAGUCAGACCUCGCCCCCAUCGUCAUCAUGGCGAGCAACAGAGGCCAUUCCCGCAUCCGCGGCACCGACUACAAGAGCCCGCACGGUCUUCCGCUCGAUUUCCUCGACCGCACCGUUAUCAUCAACACGCACGCCUACACCCCGGACGAGCUCCGACAGAUCCUGUCCAUCCGCGCUCAGGAGGAGGAGGUCGAUCUCACGCCGGACGCGCUUGCGCUCCUGACCAAGAUCGGUCAAGAGGCGGGACUCCGCUACGCGAGCAACCUCAUCACCACGUCGCAGCUCAUCUGCGCCAAGCGCCGCGCCAAGCAGGUCAGCGUGGAAGACGUCCAGCGGAGCUUCAAGCUCUUCUACGACCCUGCGCGGAGCGUCAAGUUCGUCGAGGAGUCGGAGAAGCGCCUCAUUGGCAACGAUGGCGCUGUUGAUUUCGCGGUCAACGGUGCCGAUGGGACCGCGGGGGAGAAGAUGGACACGAGUUAAGCUCAAGUGCGCAAGUGAUCUUCGGUUGCGGGCGUUUUGGGGGCUUGGUAAAAUCGGUUGGCUGACUGGGAGUCGGGUGGGCUUUGAUUUCACGAUGUACAGUAAGC